ACGAAAUAUACAUUCACUAAGGAUUUUACCCUCUUCUUGGGAGGAUAAAAGUUUUAAUGUAACUAAAAUUGUUACAAUGGCGGCCAAUGGAUAUGUACAUAAACGUAUUAUAUCUGCGUUUAUUUUACAUGUUUCUCUUUCUUUAGUUAAUUGUAGACUUAUAGACAAUGUUAAUGAAGCAAUAAUUUCAAAUUUCUAUGAUAAUAUCGAAAACAACACUGGAGCCAGGACUGAUGCCAUUGGUACUUAUAUCAAAACAUUUGCUAAGUACCGCAACCAUCAUGACGUGCAAGAAGCGGACAAGUUGGACAUUGAAUGCGCAUUUCCGUCAAAUUUAUCGUCUUGCAAACAGUACCUUAUGGAAGAAUGUCUGAACGUAGAAAAACUUCUGAAUCACUCACUGCUAGAAUCGAAGAGCCAGACGCUUUCCGACUGGUUCCCCUCUUUGAUGUACAAUUUACAUAGUGAAGUCUGUAUAGAUAAGGAACCAGAACCAGAACCGAAACACCACAGAGGGAGGAAAAAGCCGUCUUCAGCCCAAGCAUGGGGAUAUGGUAUUGGGUUCGUGACAUCUAUAUGUUGUGUUUCUAACGUUGGCGGAUUCAUGGCUCCUUUUAUGAAGAAGAACUUCUUUCAAAUGCUGCUAUUGUUCUGUGUAGCUCUAGCUGUUGGUACAUUGGCAGGGACUGGCUUUCUAGUACUCAUUCCAGAGUCAAUGCAUCUAACUGAGGAAGAUUCCCCUGUACCAGAUUACCAUUUCAAGAUGGCGACAGUUAUGGGAGGGGUUUAUUUCUUCUACAUAUCUGAAAGACUACUUAAAAUCUGGUUUUCAAGACCAAAGAAACGAAAGCAAAAGAAGGUAGAUCAAUCAGUCAGAGACAUUGUAAGCGACGUAGUACCAGCUGACGAAAAUGACAAAGCAAAAGCAUCUGUCAAAGAAAAUGGAGACAAGGGACACACUCAUGUAUUGGAGGUUGUUGUUAAUAACGAGAAUACAGACGAGUUGACUGAACUAACAGUUGAGGAGACUGGCAAACUACAGAAAGUGAAACGGAAGCGUAAACUGACCACUGUUGCUCUUAUUAUUAUGAUCGGAGAUGCCCUCCACAACUUCGUCGAUGGCAUAGCCAUUGGUGCAGCUUUUACGGAGAAUACUUACCUCGGAAUCAGCGUUUCAAUUUCAGUGAUUUGCGAGGAGCUUCCGCAUGAAUUAGGUGAUAUUGCUAUAUUGCUUAGUUCUGGAUUAAACAUGAGACGUUCUCUAUGUUAUAAUUUCUUGGCUGCCCUCACCUGUUAUGUCGGACUUGUAAUCGGCAUUCUUCUGGGCGAGAAUACUGAUGCCAACAUGUGGAUAUUUGCUGUUGCUGGUGGAAUGUUUGUGUACAUAUCUCUUGUAGAUAUGGUCCCAGAGAUGAGCGACCAGAUAAAACAAGUCGAAGAAACUAAUCCUGACAGCAAAUGGACGGCCUUAUUUAUACAGAACAUUGGUCUGCUAACUGGAUUCGUCAUUAUUAUGAUGUUGGUCAUGUACGGGGGAAAUAUUAAAGUUUAGCAUUGCUACCAUAAUGCUGCUCAUGUACUGGUGACUAUUACUACAUAUACUGGACAUGCAAUCGCCAAAUAUUGCUUAACGUCUUGCCUGAUGGAUUACAGUCUGACAAUCUUUUUUCUGGAUGGACUACUUUCAUAGCAGCAUCCAUCAGACAAAAUAGUUUUUCCUGUCAUUCACACUCAUCUGUAUCCAGUCUGUAAACUGUGAGACUGCAAGAAACAUUUUUUUCUAAAUGAGGCUUAUCUAACUCUGCCGUAAGUAUAUGUGACGGAAAACGUUGUUGGUUGCAAAUUAAAAAUGCGAAUUUCAAAAAUGAUAAUGACUUAAGGUAUUGGACGCUUUGGCAUUUUCCGUUUAUUCCGGGUUUUAUGAGGACGCAAUAUUCCGUUAUGACAGAAGGAUGUGUGUUUACAUGCGUCGUGAUGAUUUGAUGUAUCAUGUAAUGUUUUCUAAUGAAUAUGUGGGCUUUUUUCACCUGUCACAGUUAAAUCAAUUACUUAUUUUAUUUUAAUUGAAUUAGUAAACAGACACGGAAAGAAAUGAUUUUAUGCAGCUACAACAUUUACACAGACACAAUGAGAUGUCAGGAACGGUGUGAAAAAUUGUCGAGUGAAACUGAAACACUUACUAGUAAACAUGUAGUAUUUUAGAUAGGGAAUGAUAAAAGAAUGACAGUUUAGAUUAAUAUCGGUAAAAGUAGAACACCUUACAAACAAUAACCUUUAAUAAAUCUUUACAUAUAGAAAUGAACAAUAACGAUUGUACCAAGAAGGUCUUAAAUUCGACAAAAGCAUCCCUCUAACCGGUACAAAUGAUGCUGCAACAAGAAAAUAUCAUCUGAGCAGCUGGUAAUUAAGUCAAGUUGGUUGAAAAAUAUUCCAAGAUACACAUGCAGGAUAAACUAGGGUUGUCAGCUGUAAGAAAUAUUUUAAAUUCAAGUAUUCAAAAUUGUCGUUUCGUGUUAUUUCUAUAUUCAAUUUAUCACUGUGUUACUGACAUAAGCGGUUAAUUAAAAAAAAUCACACUGUU